AUGGCCAUCUCCACCUGCCGAGCUGCCUCCGCUAACCUGCGGCUUCUCUCAUAUCCCUCUUUCACUCGAUCACCACCGGCGAACAUUUCUCUGAUCUUCACCGUUAAACAGGAUUUUAGCUCCCUUCGACUAAAAUCGAAGGUCUCGAACAGAAGAACGAAAGCAUCUAUGGCUGAGAUCGUGACUCCGAAGAGCAAAGGGAAAGUCCAAGUGUUCGACACUGAGGAGGAUCUGGCAGUGGCACUCGCAGAAUACACCGCCGAUCUAGCCAAUAGAAUCUCUCGGGAUAAGGGCUCGUUUACUGUCGUUUUCUCCGGUGGUUCUCUUGUUAAGUCCCUCAGGCACGAAUUUGUGAUGAAUUUCUGUGUUAGGACGCUGCUCUUCGCCGUUUUUCUCUUCGGCAGCUCAUCGGCUCUGAAGUUACAGCAAGGACAAAUUUGCGUUGCAAACAGUAACUGUGACUCGGGGCUGCACUGUGAGACGUGCAUUGCGAACGGCAAUGUCAGGCCGCGGUGUACUCGGAUUCAGCCUAUCAGUCCUCUUUCCAAGGUGAACGGAUUGCCGUUCAAUCGGUACUCAUGGUUAACCACACACAAUGCAUUUGCUCGAUUGGGAGCGAAAUCGGCAACUGGAGGCAUCAUUUUAACUCCAGAGAAUCAGCAGGACUCUAUUACUGAUCACCUCCACCAACCGGCCAUAAAUGUUCUGAAGGAGGUACAACAGUUUCUCGAGUCAUAUCCUACUGAAAUAGUCACCAUAAUCAUCGAGGACUAUGUUGCCUCUCCCAACGGCCUUACCAAGGUUUUCAAUGCUUCUGGGCUGAGGAAAUUCUGGUUCCCAGUAUCUCGAAUGCCGAAAAAUGGUGGAGAAUGGCCGACAGUCGAUGAUAUGGUCAGGCAGAACCAACGUCUAGUAGUCUUCACUUCGAAAGCUGCUAAAGAGUCCUCAGAAGGCAUUGCCUAUGAAUGGAAAUACUUAGUAGAAAAUCAGUAUGGAAAUGGUGGAAUGGUAGCAGGAUCUUGUCCGAACCGUGCAGAAUCACGUGCCAUGAAUGAAAAAUCAAAGUCUCUUGUUCUGAUGAACUAUUUUCCAGAUGCUCCAGAUAUGGCAACAGCCUGCAAACACAAUUCAGCCCCUCUGAUUAGCAUGAUGAACACAUGCUACCAAGCAGCUGGACAAAGGUGGCCCAAUUUUAUUGCGGUUGAUUAUUACAAGAGAAGUGAUGGAGGUGGAGCACCCGAAGCAAUAGAUAUGGCAAAUGGUCAACUUGUGUGCGGCUGCAAAACUAUAUCCUCUUGCGAGGAAAAUGCAACAUUUGGAGCAUGUGAAAUACCUCAAGUAGGUCAUACUCCAAACGAGCCAGUCGCACCACCCCAUCCGAGGUCCGGAACAUCUGACAGCAGACUCUUUCAAUUGCGAUUGAUGCUCGGUUUACUGUUUACAUCAAUACUGGCCUUCUGAAUUCCUAUUAUCCAGGUUCUGAAACUGUUCGUCUUGUUUCUCUCUCUUUUUUCUUCUUUUUGUUUGUUUGUUUUCGUUAAGGAUCACGAAAAGAUCGGUGUAAUAUGGCAAUAUGGCAUCUGUCUGAGUGGGGGCUGGUGAACUUAGUUGAAUUAGAACUGUCUUUCUAUGAAAUGUUAAUACUAAGUUUUAGAGGUUAAAAGGCUCACUGAAGAAGUUGUUUCCUCUGCAACACAAUUUCUGAAUGGUGAAAUUUUCUUUGCAUUUGAGGAGAAAAAAAUGGUGAAAAUGAUUGAAAUUGCUUCAUCUUCGGAGAGGGUUAAACAAACAGUUAGUUGGGUCGACUCGUUAUGCACUUUUUACGUAAAUACAUACUUAUUAUGUGAAAUAUCAUACUUUUAUUUGUUUUUUUUAGAGCAUGAUUUCAUUUAAAAAUAUGCAUAUUUACUAAAUAGUUAGGACUAUCUCAUCUCUAUACUUCACUAACAACAUCCUUAAUAAAAAAUAAUCAGGAUAUUAUUAUUAUGCAUAUCUUCACUAUUUUAGGGCUUUCCUCCGUUGUGCUCUAGCUUACAAAACGAAAAUUUGGGCCUCAUUGGUUGGGUGUAAGUUAUCUGAUAAUAUAAAGCCUGCUGUGUUAAUUCUGGAACCAAAAUGUAUAGUAGCCUAACAAGUCUAUUUGAUUCCGCAAGAGCCCAAUAUAUAAGUGGGCCUUCAUGCCUCUACCCGAUAACAGAAGUGAAAAUUCGGGUAUUUUACAUUUUUAUUACACUUCAUAAAUCAGUUAUAAAACAUAUAUAUACCAUUCAUAAAUCAAUUAUAAAAGAAAAUAAUGCAAUUUCAAAAGUAAUGGUAAAAAUAAACCAAAC